AUGACAUGUUCGCGGGCUGUCUUCCGAUGCUUUAAAUCUCUCGAACGACUAGGCGAUAGAAUAACGGGUGCGGCAGGACCGUACUUCGUUGGCCUUGCGGUCAUCUUAAUUGGAAUUGGCACGAUAUGUUUCUUCGACGUUGUGCUUCCUGGUCUACAGUGGCCCUUAAUCAGCUGGCCGCUGUGCAUUAUUAUUGCUCUCAACCUCCACAUGCAUUACUUCUACGUGUGCACCGUGCCGCCCGGUUUCGUAGAGGAUCCACCUAGAAGUGUACCGGAGAGCUUUCUAUGGGCUAAAAAACCGCAGAAGAAGAGGGCUUUGACAAGCGGCGUCAGUUGGAGUGCUGGCGACUCCGUCAAGAUAACGAAGGCGGAAGCCUCGAAGUGCAGGAAGUGCGGAACUAGACCUGAGAGAACACAUCAUUGCCGAGUUUGCAACCGCUGUGUGCUGAAGUACGACCAUCAUUGUCCCUGUGUUGGCGUUCAUAACGAACGCCAUUUCGUGCUAUUUAUGGCGUAUCUCGUUCUGUCUACAUUUUGCUUUUCGACGCUUGGAUAUCCAUACAUUCUCGAUGCACUGGGAGUCAACUACAUGCGAGAAUGGCCACACCAUGUCCCAGAGCUCGCCUACAUCUUGACAUAUAUUCUUUCUGUCGUGCUAUGCUUCGCCGUGGGCAUUAUGCUCUCAUAUCACCUUUGGACUAUUUCAAAAGGCGAGACCACCGUCGAGACUCACGAUCACGAGCACUACUCUAAGUUAGCAAACAGUCGAGGAGAGGACUUCGUCAACUCGUACGACCUUGGAAAAAUCAUGAACCUGAAACUAUUCUUCAAUAUCUGGGAGGGUGGCUACUCGUUUACCACUCUGUUGCUACCUCUUCGAGUGCCGCCGUACACUGAUGGCCGGCAUUGGGCUCGCCGGCCUGGAUAUGAACAUCACUAUGGACUUAAAAUCGGCGAAGAAUUUACCGAUGAAGAGGACGAGGAGGAGUAG